UUCUUCUUUAGGUAAGGCGAGAAGAAUGAUUGUUUUGUCUUUGCAUUACUGCGUUAGCAAUUUGUUUGAAAGCAUGGUAAUGGCUGAUACAUUGUCGUUGAUAAGUAAACAAAUCAUUAUUGCAUUUGAGUUUGGGCGAGCAUUGAAUUGUAAGCAUAAUGUGUGGGUGGAAUCCUUCUAAAUAAGAAAAUUCUCCAACAAUCUUACAAGCAUUGCAGAAAAGGCACGUAAGUACAACUGAAAGGCACACAUCAUACACUCUUUCAAAUACGCGUUCGCUGUGUUGUCGCUUUUUUUAAAGAACAACGUGAAGCAGCGUUGGGUAGGGUCAGAGGCAUCGAUGCGAUAGCGAGAUGUGUAUGUACUCCUUUCACAGUUGUGCCUUGCGAAGCAUGUUCCCUGCGCAAAGCGUACACAAACAGAUUACUCAUCAAUCGCAAAAGCUGCUGAUGCGUUGAUCUUUCUGUUUCAUCCAGCCACCACACGCGUAAGGGCGUUGGUAGCUGUUUACGAUCCUCAUGACGAGCAGCCGGCUCCUGCAUAGGAAUUCAAAUUUCCUACCAUACGCGUAAGGGCGUUGGUAGCCGUUUACGAUCCUCAACACGAACAGCCGGCUCCUGCACAGGAAUUCAAAUUUCCUACCCGCGUAGCUGGAAUACGCAUACAAAAAUGACGAAAUUGUUCAUCCGAUUACAAACGUGUAUUGGAGACAACGUGAUGUGGCUAUUUGCCUUAUGAAUGUUUUGGAGCCCGCGAAAUCGUCUCACCAGCGCGGCAAUGUGAGAAUGAGAAGCAAACACCGCUCUCACGAAAGAGAGAGAGAAGCUGUCAAAGCUGUUGUUGGAACGAGGUGAGCGGAACUUCAACCAUUUGUUUAUGUUUACAGUUUAUGCCAACUCUUGCUGCUCGCAGCAGCCGAUCCAAAUCCAAAUGGAAUCGGAAAACUGUACUUGCCGAUUGUGUCUCGGCUCCUCGAAAGAUGUGUGUUCCCUGUUUGGUUCUAGCGUAGAUCGGGAACUGCUAACCAUCAUACGCAACAAUGUAGGAUUGGAGAUUGCAGCGGAUGAUCCAUUUUCCAAAAUGGUAUGUGACACGUGCAUCGCAAAGCUAAGAACGAUCGAGCAACAUGUAAAGUUGUUUCGUGAAUCUGACCGUAAGCUUCGAGAUGCAAUUACAACCCGGUUGAACGACAAUGGAAAAGAUUCUGCCAAUCAUACGCUGCCAGACGCUGGGCCACAUUCAAAUGAAGUAUGCAAUUUGAAAGCCCCGGCAACCGCCUUGGAAAGCUCCCAUAUGAGCAACAAUGCAGAGGUAGUUAAGUAUAAAUUCCAAAAGGAGAAUCAGAUGGAACCCGAACCAACCCGUAGAUCGAAACGUAUUCGCACUCAAAGUAAGCGGUUAGCCGUUACCACUGAGUACAGCACGGGAACACAUGAUGAGCCACAAUCGAGUGAAGACUUCGAUUGCGACAAUGAUAGUGUGGAUCGAUCGUAUAUCCCAGUAGAAAGUUCCUCUACAGACUGUCAAAUGAAUCAAAACUCUACAACGACUGAGGAUAUGUGCAUGGAGACUGUAAAAUCGGCACGACAGCAGACAGCCUCUCCAAAGCAGCCGAAGAAACGAAACUUGAAAGACAAAGCAGAACCGGUGCCUACGCUGCACGAUUUUAAGUGCUACAUUUGUAGCAGCGAACCAUUAGGCUCACGGAAGGCGCUGAUAGAACAUUUAGCUACCCACGUUGAUUACCUUCCGUACACCUGCAAGCAGUGCGUCAUGGAGACGAUCGUAUUAACACGGGUGCGCACCUUGAACACGCACAUGAAGAUGCACGAACAGCCGAUCAAAUGUGACUACUGCGAUCGGCGCUAUAGCAAUGCGGCGGGAAAAUAUUACCACACGCAGACGUACCAUCUGGCUGGUGGGGCACCCUGCAUCGUGCACUGUGAGAUAUGUGGGAAGCAGUACGGCUCGGAGGCUGCACUUAAGCAGCACAUGAAGUACCACACCACCAUGCUGAAAUGUAGCAAGUGUGACAUGGUGUUCAACCAUCCCAACAAGCGGCGCAAUCACGAGCUGACGCACAACGAGGACCGGGGGUACGAGUGUGUCGUUUGCAAAAAGGUACUCCAAACGAUCGAAUCGUACGACGUGCAUCUGAAGAAGCACUCGCAGGAGCGCAGCUAUCCGUGUACGCUGUGUCCGAAAAAGUUUAAUACGUCGUUUAAUCUGAUACUGCACCUGAAGGUGCACGCCAAAAACUACAACUACAGGCCGGCCAAAUCGUGGGUCGAGCACUACACGAUACUGAGCCGCGAUCCGCUGCAGUACAAGUGCAAUCACUGUGACAGGUACAGCACCGAUAAGGUCAACAAUAUGAUCUCCCAUCUGCAGGCACACUUUAAGGAAUAUGAGUGUGAUCAGUGCAAACGGUUGUUUGCGACGGCAAAGCAGCUGCGGGCGCAUUACACUACACACACCGGUGAAAAAUCGGAAAUGUGUCAACAUUGCGGAAAAUGUUUUUCCACCAAGAACAAUUUGCGCAUCCAUUUAAAGUCCCACAAACGGGAAAUUGAGGAUGCGAAUGAUGGUACCACCAACGAUCGCCAGACUGCCGUGCAGGAAUACCCUCCCGAAGCGUGCAUAGAGAUCGAGACAGUAGCACAGAACAAUGCCAGUGUUAGUGAGCUUUACCUACGCGCAACGUUGAAUGUCCAGCCAAUACAGCGAAUCCUUCAAGCGAUGGAGCUACACAAAAACAAUGCGCAGAACGUGAAGAGAGAAUCCUACUGCCGGUUGUGCGGGCAAGCUCAAACCACGCACAUUUCGGAUGAACCGGAUUUGUUAUUGAAGCUCGAUAACAUAUUUCAACAUCAGUUACAUCUUUCCGAUUCCUCCAAGCUACCAGUCGGUGUUUGCUAUAGCUGCAAAGAAACGGCCAACGGGAUCCAAGCAUUCUGGAAGAGGUGUACCCAAGCGCAGGACACUUUAAAGGCAAUUUUCAGCAAGCCACGUGUGGCAAAAUGCCCCGAACCCACGGAGGCAGCUAUUGCAACGAAAUCUAUCCAAGAAAGCAGCAAUCUGGAAGGGGGCAUCUUCGCAACCAAAGAAUCUUUUCCGGCUGAAUGUGAAGAAAUCGUGAUCGACACGACAUCAACGCAGGUCACGGAAGAGCAAUUUGCCAACGAGUACGAGUUUGAAUCGUACGGCGAGGAGCUACCGGCUGGUACUGCGGAGGAAUCCGAAGAAGUUAUCGAACUAACCGAACCCGACAAUCAGCUCAUUUCGGACGACUAUUCGAUUGACUACGGAGACGAUUCCUCUUCUGAAGAGUUUACGGGCAACCUGUCAUCAGACAGGGACGAGUAUCGUGCUCCAGCUAAAAAGGAUGCCACAACACCAAUUACGGAAACCAAACACAUUUGUGAAGUGUGCGGCAAUGCAUUUAAAUCGCUUAACGGGCUUAAAGCACACCUACUCGUGCACAGUGAGCGUCGCGAUCACCAGUGCACUAUAUGUGGCCACGAGUUCAAGCAGCGUCGGGCGCUGGUGGAGCACAUCGAGUCGAAACACGAGCGCAAAACCUUUCCGUGCAAAAUAUGCGGCAUGCCGUACAGCUGGAAGAAAGGAUUGCAGCGUCACAUGAAUACCCACAAAGGAAACACACUGAAGCAUGUGUGUAAAGUGUGCGGUAAAGCAUUUCCCGUACCUCACAAGCUGAAGCUGCACAUGAUGCUGCACACAGGCGACCGCAUUCACUGUGAAUUCUGCGGCAAGGGAUACAGGUUUAACUACAUGUUGACGCAACACAAAAUACGCGUGCACAAUAUGGUGAUCGAGGGCGUCAAGCUUUAUUCAACACCGAAGCAAAAAAGAUUGGGUGAUCGUAAAAAAUGAACUCCAGCAGAAUGGGUAACGAAACUAAUCAAACGAAAACACUUUGAUGGACAAAACAAUACCACCACCCAUCAGUCUUAUCUUCAAACCAGUGCGUUGUUUGAUGAAACGAAAUAUAAUCGUUCAGAAACUAUAACGA